AUGACUCUGCUGUAUUCUGGUAUUCUGUCUGAUCAGGAGCUUUGGAAGCAGCACCACAGCCUUGACAUUAUCAUAUCACAACACCAUCCACCGUCAAUAUCUCAUACUGAGAACAAAAAAGGUAUCCCACUCACAACAUCCCAAGAAAAUCAACCUCUGUCAACUACACUUCAAUCUAUCAUGGCGCCUUCUUUCGACUCAUGUCUUCCGAAAGGUUAUAAAGCUGCGAAACCAACCAAAGCUUUGGAUUGUGCAGAAAAGCCGAUACUUAUCAUUGACGAUGACUCAAAUCAACCCAAUACUGAUCAGACCAAGGGCCUCAUCGUUUCAUCACCGGAUUGGAAAGAAAAAGGAAAAGGAAAAGGAAAAGAAAAAGAAAAAGAAAAAGAAAAAGGAAAAGCCACGGAAGCAUACCACACUUACCAAGAGCAAGAGAUCGAUGCGGUAAGAACCUUGGUAACUUUGUCAAAAACAAUACACAAAAUGUCGACUGCACCUUCCGACAACAAGAAAGAAACCGGUCAACUUGCAACAGAUAAGAUGGCACAUGAGACAUCUGAACAUCGGAAAAAGUUGCCAACAGAAAUUUGGAUUAAAAUCUGGGAACUCGUCGCAAAUGACAAUCCAAGAAACCUUGACAUCUGGACUUGGAGUGAAGGACCUGAAAAACUAUGGGAGAAUGAGAAACAGCGAAUAAUCAAUGGCCCUCUGGAUUAUGCCUCUCGAAUCCGAUGGAAUCCAUUCAAAUUCAUAACAACGCAAGUUGUUCCUCCGAUGUUACAUGUCAGCUGCCUCUCACGGUACAUUGGUCUAGAAUAUUAUAAACUCGGCUUUGGCUGUCACCUCGGAAUGCCCAAAAUCCCCUCAGAAGAUUACUCGAUACUUGAGCCUCGAAUUUACUAUCAUAAAAAUGAUCUUGUAUGUCCAAUGGGUCGGUUCAGCUCUAAAGAAUCCGAGUGUUUUUGGGAACAGCUCCCCGAAGAAAUAUCCGCAAUCGCCUUAAAUUUAGGCAAGCUCAAGAACAUUCCUCCAAAGCUGCACGAAAAUAGUGAAGAUUAUAACAACCAAAUUGCUCACGAACAUUUUAGUUAUGAGUAUUCGAGAGGCCUCAUUCAAGAUCCUGAUAGACUUGAUGAAUUGGAACUUCCCUUCUUUGGAAGCAAUCGGGGUAAGGAAUUUUCAAAGCGUGCGUCAAAGAUUUACCUGUAUUGUUUUGUCGAUUACAUCUCCAAACAAGGCCCCAGAGAUUUUCGAUUCACACCACUCGUCGGUGGCUCGAAUGCUUUAAGCGUGCAUGGGGAUGUAGAUUCAGAUUUCAGCUUCGGUGAAUUGGUGCGAAAUGCUCACUUUAGCGGACGUGUAGAUGAUCAUGGUCUAGACGAUAUGUAUUUACGAUGGGAACAAUGGCUUCGAUAUGGGGGUUUAACAUGGUUAAAAGAUGGGGGGACGAAACCUGGUUGGAUCCAAAUUGACAACCCUACGGCAUAUGAUCGGGACAGAAAUGAGUUCUUUAGGUUUUUAGAACCUUGGGAGGAAGCGGAAUUUAUAAAACGUGGUGUUCCUAAUAUUGGAAUGAAUUCUAAGUUUUGGGUUCCUGGAGUUCCUGAGGUUCAUUCCAUGAAACUCGAAAUUCAUGGUUAG